GCGGGGCCGGGGCCGGGGCCGGGGCCGGGGCCGGGCCCGGGGGGCGGAGCGCCGGACGGGGCCUAGGGCGGAGCGCGGAGCGCGGCCCCGUCAUGUCCAAGCACGUGUUUCUGACGGGACCCCCAGGGGUUGGAAAGACUACUUUGAUCCAGAAAGUCAGUCAAGCUCUAAAAUCCUCAGGCGUUCCCAUUGAUGGGUUUUACACACAGGAAGUUAGAGAAGGUGGCAGGAGAACAGGAUUUGACGUUGUCACUCUGUCUGGAAACCAAGGACCUUUAUCUAGAGUCAGUCCCAGUUCUGAUUCUUCUGCUUCAAGACGUGAAUACCGGGUUGGACAAUAUGUUGUAGACCUUGUUUCAUUUGAGCAGUUGGUUCUACCUAUGCUGAGAAAUGUAAACCAUGGUGGUGACACAGAGAAAAGAAUUUGUGUCAUAGAUGAGAUUGGUAAAAUGGAACUCUUCAGCCAGGCUUUUAUUCAAGCUGUUCGUCAAACACUGGCUGGCUCGGGGACUGUGGUGCUUGGAACUAUUCCAAUACCUAAGGGAAAGCCACUGGAUCUUGUUGAAGAAAUAAGAAACAGGAAAGAUGUUAAAGUGUUCAGUGUUACUAAGGAAAACAGAAACAGCAUUUUGCAAGACAUCUUGGCAGCUGUGGAAUCCUGCAGAAAAUGAAGACCUUUUCUGUCCUGUAAACACUAAAGCUUUCAUUUCAACAAAAUGUUACAACAUUUCACGUAUGGUUUAGAGUCUGUCCUUCCUGCUUUAGCCCCCUUGAGGCUUUACUGGAGCCUUCAGGGUGAGCAGGGUAAAGCUGGUAACACUCUAAAAUGUCAUAGCAGGAUUGUAAUUUAUUCAGUUCACUGAUUUAAAAAAAUUUAACAGAUGUGUAGCUAACAUCCAGUUCCAAUCUGGGCGUUUGGAAGUUAGGUGGUCAACUCUGAUCUGAGUUAACCUCAUGUGAAAACAAUUAACUGUAAAAUCUGUUUGAGAUCUUUCUGAGUGUGUUUGAACUGUUCUGCCUACAGAUCAAUUCAAUAUCUGCAACAUAGCCCUGGUGCAGCAGAACAGAACCCUGUCCAAAAUGUAUAUGAGUCCUGUAGGAAUAUUCAGCUGUUGGUGACCCAGAUUAGGUGUGUUUUAGCAGGGGUGCUGACAAAUCAGCAGGUAGAGGGAAUAAGCAGAUGUGCUCUCUCCUCCUACCCCCAGGCACCCCUGUCUGCAGUAUGAGGGUUAACCAGAGUUUCAAGGAAACGUCCUGUAGUCACGAGUGAUAUUCACAGAAUUCCAUUUUGGGAGGAAAAAUAGCCAAAUCUACCCUCUCUUACAUGGCCCAGACACUAAUUGAUAAGAAGACUGCAUUUUGAAUUAAUUUUCAAUUUUCUGAUGGCAAUCCUUUCCCACACCCCCUUACAAAUAAUAUAUAUAAAAAUAUUGAAGUUCAUCAAAUCUCGUGGUUUUCAUCCUGAGUCUAAGUCAUGAUUGACUUAAUACUGCAUUUGUCUAUAUUAAUUUUGCAACCUGCUAUGUUUAUUGGUACUUAUGUUUGGGUUUUUUUCCUUAUUCGAUUCUGUACAUGCCUAAUGGUGAAAUGAGAAGUGCUUGAGAGUAUUAGACAAUGUGUUUCCCUGUGAGGAAUGCAAAUGUGUUCAGCAAAGUGCUGCCAGUUAAUCAGUUUUGCAUGUUGUGAAAACAGAAUUCCCUCCCAGGUGCACACUGUUCAUUGUAAAAUUUAUGGUCACCUCUGGCUGAAGAAAGCUGUUAGAAAUUCAGUUGUUUCUUAACUUUUUUUCUGUUCAUUUCAAUGACUUAAAAUGAGCAAACUAUUUAAAGGCGUCUUCAAGUA